AUGACCCUCAGUACUCCAAGCAAGCAUAAACUCGCCAGAAACGAUAAGGCUGGCAAUCAACUCACAAGGCUGAAAGACCUCGCCACCACCUUGCUUGAGGAAACAAGUGUUGCCCAAUUUUCCCUUGAAACUCUUCAAGACGAGAUCGAGAAACUAGAACGCAGCGACCUCGACGAAGGCCAAACGUCUGACCGUCUUCACCUCCUGCAGAAGGAAAGGCAUGACGCGCUGCAAGAUUACCUUGAGCAGUGCCUCACGGCAGUAUUGCCUCUGGCAAAUGAUGAGAGUAUAAGAAAGUUACUCUCCGAAUACCUAACGUCUUUCUCUGGCGUAGGAACAGAUGGAUAUGCUCCGUACGUCAGCUUAUGCAACAAGGCCCUGUCGUUGCUCAAAAAAGUACAUCUCCCACUUCGUUCGCCGACAGCCACAGACCUGCAAUACCGUCGCCUCGAUCCUAGCGCCUUCAAGUCCCACACGGAGACCGACAAUGCUCACAGAAAGCCUGAUGUAGGAAAGGCCGGCGAAUAUGUAGUGAAAGCGCUGGGCUCUGCCCUGGACAAAGCCCCCGACAAGGGUGCCGAACCCAAAUUCGACUCAUUCUUCGGCUUGGAAGAGUUCAAGGCCAUCGGAAGUCCCAGCGAGCAGGCUUGCGUCGCUAUCAAAGAAGCAUUCGCUACGACAUCUAGGCGUGUGCACGUUAGACAGCAGGACAACGAGAUAGACGAGGUGCAACCGUCUCCGGUCAGUGGUUCUUCUCCCAGCCGCAAACUCGAAGCAACGAAUAACCUGACUAGCGGCAAGAAGUUGUGUCUCGGCUUCGACAAAGAGGGGACGGAGUUGCGCAAAGAAAGUUCGAACUCGAAGAAUUUCGACGGCCGAGUGCAGUGUGCUGCCUACGCGCUAGAGAUGUUAUCUCAGAACCCGGGUAUCCAGCACACAAUCAAUCUGCUUCACAUCGACGAUUGUCUCUUCAUCUGGUACUUUGACCGCGAAGGCAUUGUGCGGUCCAAUGGCAUUAGCUUCAUCGCCGACUUCCCCCGUGCGCUCGUUCUCAUUGCUCUGUUCCAACGAUUUACGCCUGAGGACUGGGGUCGAAACGAGACCUUCAAUUGCCCUCCGAACACGGCGUCGUUCAACGUGUCGCUCGAUGAUCCACUUCUCAGAGACACAUACAACCCCCGUAACUUCCAGGGGCUCGAAAUCAAGUGUUCAGACGAGGACUAUUUGUCGCCACGGCCUCGAUGUUUGGGUGGACGUGCCACCAGAGUGCUUCCGUGCGAACCGAAGUUGAAAGAUGGCGCUCGCCUGAUGGAGUCCCUCAUAGUCAAGAUCUCGCAUCCAGAAGCGCGUCGCACCCACGAAGGCAAAACCAUGAGAGGCAUACGAAAUAUCGCGAACAAGUACGACGCAUCGAUGACCGAUCAUCUGCCCGAACUGCUCUACUACGCCGACGUCCAUGGCACGGAUACUGGGCGCAUUCGAAGCUUGAUUAGGCAACCCGGCAACGGUUAUCGGAUUAUGCGAAUCUUGGCUAUGAAGAGGUUGGAGAAGAUCAGCUCAUUGGAUGCUCCCUCUUUCAUUCGCGCUUGGCUCGACGCCGUAACGUGCCACGCGUUCCUUUGGAAGCACGGUGUCGAACAUGGGGAUCCGAGUCUCUAUAACAUCAUGUGUCACCCCGAAACCCACCGCGGGGUGUUGACGGACUUUGAUCUGUCGAUUUUACAGUGGGAGGACCGUGUCCCUGGCUGCGAUCGCAUGGGUACUGUUCCAUUCAUGGCCUUCGAACUCCUGAAAGAGGGUUACUGGAGUGGAGAUAUCAUCCGUUAUUAUCAUCACGAACUGGAAGCGUUUAUCUGGUGUCUUCCAUUCAUGUGCCUCGGUGGUUUUGUAGCGGACUCGAAGUGUCACAGGGUCAUCGCAGAUUGGGUGAAGGCAAGCCCUGAAGAGUGUCGAGGCAUGAAAACCAACUUUUCAGUGGACGCGCUUCAUUAUUCCAGCUACGUCCCUCCCAGCUUUGCAGCAUGCUACCAGCUUGCUAUACAGCUCUGCUAUACCGCUAACGAUGCAUACACCAAGUUUUCCCGUAUCGGCGAAGACGACGAAGAUAGCGACGAUGACAAUGAAGAACACGAACCUUCUCCCGCUACCCGGUCUCUUGGACUGUGGACAGAGUUUUUAGGGACCCUCAAGAAGAAGAAGUGGCAGAAACCGAAAUCAACUUCCGCACAGAUGUUGGACGCUGCCGACAUUGCAUCGCUCAUUAAACGGCUUGAGAGCCAUCAACCCUACUUUGAUGGCCUAGAUGCCGACAGGAGAUCCGAGCUCCAGGAAUUGUUCAUUGCCGACUCUGAGCCCCCAGCACUCCGACUCCAGGCCCCAAAACUGAAAGACCGCAUGAAGGGCCGUCAAGACCCUUCGACCGAGCUCGACUCCUACCCUCUCUUCUUCGGUUGA